AUGGUAACUAAAAAUCGUAUGACACAAAUAGUUGAUUUACAACAAAAUCUUUUAAAAAUUUUAUUAGGUUUCAAAUCUAUUCAUAUUGCUUAUUGUUCUUCUUUAAAUAAUUUAACUAAACAAAUUAUUAAUUUAAAUAAACAAUUUAAAUUAAAAUCUUUAUUUUUAAGUUGGAAUGAAGAAUCAUUAGAUUUAUUAUUACAAAAUCUGGUGAUUAUUUAG